AUGCUGCGGCGGUCCGCGCACUGCCUCGUGGAGGGCAAGCAGCUGCUGCUGAUCGGCGCCGGCGGCGUCAGCAAGAAGUUCGUGUGGGAGGCGGCGCGCGACUACGGGCUCAAGCUGCACCUGGUGGAGUCGGACCCCAACCACUUUGCAUCCCAACUGGUGCAGACUUUCAUCCACUUUGAUGUGACGGAGCACCGGCGGGAUGAAGAGAAUGCACGGUUGCUGGCGGAACUGGUGCGGGCCCGUGGCCUGCAGCUGGAUGGCUGCUUCUCCUACUGGGACGACUGCCUAGUGCUCACGGCCUUGCUCUGCCAGGAGCUGGGGCUGCCCUGCAGCCCCCCAGCUGCCAUGCGCUUGGCCAAGCAGAAGAGCUGCACCCAGCUGCACCUGUUGCGCUGCCAUGGCCCACCCUGGCCUGCGCCCUCCGUCCACGCCGUGCCCUGCUGCCCGCUGGAGAGUGAGGCCGAUGUGGAGAAGGCCGUCCACCAGGUGCCCCUGCCAGGUGUCAUGAAACUGGAGUUCGGGGCAGGCGCAGUGGGUGUGCGGCUGGUGGAGGAUGCGCCACAGUGCCACGAACACUUUUCCCAGAUUGCCCGCGACCUGCAGGGGGAGGCCGACCACCCUGGCAUUGGGCUGGGCUGGGGCAACGCCAUGCUGCUGAUGGAGUUCAUUGAGGGCACCGAGCACGAUGUGGACCUGGUGCUGUUUGGUGGGCGACUGCUGGCCGCCUUCGUGUCCGACAACGGCCCCACGAGGCUGCCCGGCUUCACGGAGACGGCAGCCUGCAUGCCCACCGGGCUGGCACCCGAGCAGGAGGCCCAGCUGGUGCAGGCAGCCUUCCGCUGUUGCCUGGGCUGUGGGCUGCUGGAUGGGGUGUUCAACGUGGAGCUCAAGCUGACUGGGGCUGGGCCGAAGCUCAUCGAGAUCAACCCUCGCAUGGGCGGCUUCUACCUGAGAGACUGGAUCCUGGAGCUCUAUGGUGUGGACCUGCUGCUGGCAGCAGCUAUGGUGGCCUGUGGCCUGCGGCCUGCCUUGCCCACCCACCCACGUGCCCGUGGCCACCUGGUGGGGGUCAUGUGCCUGGUGUCCCAGCACUUGCAGGUGCUGAGUUCCACCGCCAGCCGUGAGACCCUGCAGGCUCUUCACGACCAGGGCCUGCUGCGCCUCAAUUGGCUGGAGGAGGUCCUGGUGCCGGGCGAAUACGAGGAGCCCUACUGCAGCGUGGCCUGUGCUGGGUCCAGCCCGGCUGAGGCUCGCCUCCGCCUGCUGGGCCUCUGCCAGGGUCUGGGCAUCGAUGGGCCCCACUACCCUGUUGCCCACUUCCUGUCCCACUUCAAAUAGUGCCUCUCUUCCUGGACACCUGCCCCAACCCUGGCCUGGCCCCCCCAAGGCCUCAGGUCUGUUCCAGAAUAACAGGGCCAUUUGACACGAAGGCCUCCUGAGCUUGAGGGCCACAAAAAAAGUAUCUGGGGGGGGCCCACUGGCCCCUCUUGCUGUCAGUCCAGCACAGGCCCCAGUCCUGCCCCACGAGUCUAGCCAUCGAGAAACAGCAACAGCUGCGUGCAUACACACAAGCACACGCACACGCACGCGCGCGCACGCACACACUGCAGGGAGGCGGGAGUCGGGCCCAAACUUAGCCCCUCUUUGUCAUCCCUCCAGGUCUGUCUCUCCUCCUGCAGCCUACAGGAAGAGAGAAGCUGGCUGGCCCCUGGCCUUGGACAAAUCCCACAAAAGCCUGAGAUGAAACGCCCUGUCUUCUUACUCUUAACCCUCAUUUAGCAAAUUCCAGGAUAUUUCUAGAGCCCGCUGACAACUUUUGGCAGUGCCCUGCUUGCCUCAUUUGGCCUGAGCAGUAGAAUCAGGUGCCCUGGGGUCAGCAGGAACCAUCUCCUCUCCAGGCAGACACUAUUGCCCCAUUCUACAGAUGAGGAAACAGGCUCAGAGAGGAACAACCAUUGCCUCAAGGUCACACCACAGGAGCUGGGGGGUCAAGGGACAAGAUACAGGGUCCAGGUUUCCACUUUUACUAAGUCUUAUGUGCCCGCUCAGCUUCUAAACCCCACUCACCUCCCUGCCCUCAUUCAUAUGUGACCUUAAGACAAGUGAACGCCCCCUCCCAUGCAGCACACACCUUCUCCACCAAGCUUUGGUGCUUUGGCCUCUGGCAUAACUAACCGGCAUUGGCAGAGGAGAGUCUACACUCCCUUCCUGAUUCAGGGGAGUCUGCUUCAAUAACUCUGCCCCUGUGCAGCGCAGGACCUGGGGCUCGCUCCACAAGCAUCCCUCUCCAAAUAAAGGCUUAUGAACUAA